GUUAGUAUCGAUGGCAUCGACUGCUCGACAAUAGGUUUGCAUGACUUGAGGUCUCGGCUAACAGUCAUACCUCAAGAGCCGGUACUCUUCGCGGGCUCUUUGCGACACAAUUUGGAUCCAUUGGAUCAGUGGUCAGACAAACAGAUAUGGCGGGCCUUAGAGUCGGCGCAUCUGAAGACAUUUGUGGACAGUCUUGAGAGUGGACUCAAUCACGAGAUCUCUAUCGACGGCGAGAAUGUGAGUGUCGGACAGAAACAGUUGGUCUGUUUGGCGAGAGCUCUGCUCAGACGCACCCGAGUCCUGGUCUUAGACGAGGCCACCGCCGCGGUCGAUAUGGAAACGGAUGACUUGGUUCAGAAGACAAUCCGUGAAGAGUUUGCGUCGUCGACAGUCGUGACGAUCGCUCACCGAUUGAAUUCAAUCAGAGAUUACGACAAAGUGUUGGUUUUGGACAACGGAUUCAUCGCUGAGUUCGGACCUCCGGAACAGCUCUUGACAGACAGGAACUCCAUCUUCUACUCGAUGGCCAAACACGAGGGCAUUGUCUGAAUGUUUC